UAAUUGUUGUGUAGUAUAGCGUGUAGGCAAUUUUCUCUUCCAGGAGGCAAUCUCCUCAGUACUCUGAGGUAAAGCAAGUUAAUUUUCUUACUUGAAUUCCAGCCCUGCUUGAGAAAAAACUGACAUUAAAUUCUUGAUUAAGCAUCUCGAAAAGUACCAGUUAAAGUGUGUUCCUUUACAGCGUGUUUGGUCUGCACCGUCUAAUCUUGAUCGAAAGAAUCGUGCAGCAUGCACACGAAUUGUUGAACGGAUAGCACAUAGAAACAUUGGGAUAUUUUAGACAUCAAUCUAUUUGCCGGGAAUCACGAAAUUCGACACAAGCCGUGCGUAAAACUUUGAGUAUGUUGCUUCCUGUUUACUUCCUUGAUUACAUCUGGUAGUUGGUCAAUAUUUGAACUCUUUUUUAAAAGGGAAACGAAAGGGAUAGUUUGAGAUGGACCGGGGGCCGGUUCGAGAUGGCCGACAGUAAAUGACCAAAAGAACAUAUUCAAGGGAAAAUGACAGAGGUGAAUUUAAGACAACUGAGGUCGAGUUAACGACAUUCACUGAUUCAGAGUAUAUCUCAUCCUCUCAUAAACGUUCAUCAAUUUAUGUAUGUUGCCAAGCUAGUCUGAUCUGUUGGUGCCUUCAGCGGGGCAAGUUCUGUUAUAAAGCAGACGCUGGAAUGUCGUUUUGGUUUCUCUUUUGUUACUGGCUGUACGACUUGGACGAAAAUUCAGUUCUCUCCCAAAUUUUCUGUCGGCGUCUAAAUGUAAUAUGUUCAUGGUGCUAAUUUGUUUGAAAUUUGUGACUUUUUUAUCGUCACGCGAUUGAGUCAUAAUAACAGUAGAAUGAUUACCAUAGAAACAAAGACUGGUACCACUUACUGUGUGUGAGCAUAUUUUAGUCGCGACUGUCACAGUGUUCGGGAGAGAAAAGAGGAGCUGGUUUUCAAGAUACGCUAGGCUUUGGUAUUAAACACAGCUCUGGUUACAUGGUGGAUAAAAGUGUAUGUCAGGUUUAAAAUUAUUUGAGGUUUCACAAAAGAACGAAAAAUAAAGGAAUAAUACUACAUAAGUUGACAUUCUAAUCUACUGGACCGUGGAGCUAAUAUCUUCUUUACUACCUGUGCCUUAAUAUUCUAUGAAAGUUUAAAUUAAUUCUUUCGCCGCAUUUACUAUGAAUAAGUACUCCGUUCGCCAUGAUCAAAGUCUACUUGUCAGGAAGGAAACGCAGGUAUUUCUCAUUGCUCGGAGCGUCUCAUCGUGAGCCUUGACUGUUUUCGUUUCAUCGAUCAAACAUAAGUUAUUGCACGACUUAUGCAUACUAUCAGGUUGAUACCCUGACGGGGCUGAACAAUGAUUUCAGUGGUUGUUUCAGUGAAAUCCAUUUCAUUAUAGAUCAGUCUUGUGAAAUUUGUGUGAAGUUUGUCUCCUUCACUUCAUGACUGAGCAAUUUUCUCCCAGGACCAAUUUUUGAAUAUGUAUAUGUUAGGGAUUGUUUAGAGUCUGUUAUGGAGAGAAAUGUGACAGGAAGAAACAGUGAGCAGUGAGAGAGCGCGCUCCCUCGGUUCACAACUGACACUUUUGGGCAAUCUCAAUUUUAAUACAAAGUUGUAUGUUAUUGUAAUAAUAAUUGUCAUAAUUUGCACGUGUGACAUUUACCUACGUCACGUAAUGGGAUCAAUUUUCGCUGUUUCAAUUUGCUCAUAAAAGAAGACUUAGUCAAAGUUACUCCUCAAAGACUAAUGUCAACUUAACAAGGGGUAAUGCUAAUAAAAUAUAACAUAGCGUGAACUGAGAUGCUGAACUAAAGCGUUGAUUUUAUCGAAAAUGUUGUCUUUCAUGUACCUUAGAUAAGGAUUCACUGGAUAUACUUGACAUGUUAUUUGUCAGAUAAGUCAAACACGUUAUUAUUUAAUACUGACAAUUCAUAUUUAUUAUCGAUUUAUGGCAAUUUCCCAGUUAGGUGUAACAGUAUACGACUGUCUCAAUUGUGACUGUUCAUCUGCUCAUUUGUUCAUCAUCAAUAUGGACCCAGAAUGCGUAUUGUUUUGAUUGCCUCUGAGUGACUGACUCAAUGAACUGGGCUGUUUUCCAGUUGCAGCAAGGUACAUGCGCGUUUUUUACAACAACAAAAACGAGCGAAAAAAAAUGACUGAGUUCCUCGGUUUGCCUUUUACUAGCUACCCGGCUCCCUGCUUUCAAAAAUGUAUUUGUUAAGACAAUCUGAAUGCGUGACACGUAAACAUCAACUUUUGAUAAUGACCUCUUGGUAUCUUGUCUCCUGCAUAAAUGAUAUCCCUUGGUUCGUUCACAUGAUCAUAGUGGCAUAUUUUUAUUAUGCAUACAUGUGAACAUUUUUCAGUUAGCAGUUGCUUCGGUAUGCACCUUAUAGUUUUACUGUGUUUGUGCGUGCUUUUAAUGGAGAUGGUUUAGUUUGAAAGCUUCAGGUCUGCUUCAAAAUUGGAAAACAACCACGUAAAGACGGUUUUAGAGCUUUCGGGAACUUUAGACUUUAAUAUCACUAGAGACAUCCUGCGAUCGCGUAACUAUGGGAACCAAAAGAAAAGGAGGUGCCUGUAACCUAACCUCCACUUCUGAAGAGGACGAAGGUAGUGUUGGAGGAAAAAGGCCUUUCCGGAAAACGUUUCGAGUAUAUUCAAGUGAAUUCGUAACAUCAUCGAAUAGAGAUGAAAGGAAGAAGGCCGCUGUAAAGAUUACAUUAAAUGUGAACACAACUGAAGGAGAGAUAAGGGAAACUCUCAUUAGAGAAUUACCACAGUUGAGAAGCAAGCGGUUUGCGUUUUUCACAAAGGAUGAAGCAGGAAAGAGGUACUUCUGUCCUUGUUCACUUCAGUGUGAAGGAAAAGACCACUCGGCGGAAUGGAAUGGAAAGAACAUUCUACGAGCAGCAAAAUCAAACAGAGCUGUAUACGUCUUAAUUGAGAGUACCACUAUGGAAGAAACCAGAUCAGGAGGAGUUCAAAAUGACACAUCAACGAACCCAGUACUCAGUGGUCCACAAUUUCACGGUUCGGUCGGGCAAUACUCAAGUAACACACAGAACCAGAAAGAAGUGAGAGUUGUUGUUAAAAACUAUCAGAGUGUGAGUUGUCCCGACUUGUCUUUAAAUGGUUUGGAACACCAGGAAAACACUUCAGUACAACCGCUUUCAGCUAACCACGGAAACGACCCCAAUCAAUGGCCAACAGAGGUAACCCAGCUAUCACAAGAACAGACAGUUCCAGAAACUGAAUAUGAAAAAGUGAAAGAUGGUGGUGGAGUAACAGAGGCGAAAGACGGGGAAGGAGAAAGACAAAUCGACAUGGGUGACGAGGAAAUGCAAACAGACAUGUGGAAAAACGACGUAGCGUCUACAAGUGAAAACGUUUUUCCGGAAAGGUACUUUGAUAGUGGCUUUGAUACAUUGUCAUCAGAAAGUAACGCACUAGUUCCAGUGGACCCUGCAAAUUGUUUAGAGGAUGAGGAACUGCAGACCGUCUUCGUGAAUGAUUCACCACCUUUGGAUACAAAUUGUAAUAGCACUCCAUUGCUCCACACACCUACGGAAUUCGAAAUUUUCCAAGGUCAGGCGGUAGUUUUUGCCUUUUUUCAUAGACCCUAUUUAGUCCGGGGCUGGGGAAGGGGAUUAUACCCGCUGACUUUAACCCCUUAUAUUUUAAUCCUUAAGUCAAAGCUGCCAAACUUUGCGAAUUUAUCUGGAAAUUUGGUUUGAAAUGUCAUCGUUUUCGAGAUUUGCUGUUUCCGAGGCAAUCGCGUUGUUUUUCCAGAGUUAGAACUUUCUUAUUUACAGAACUUAACUUUACUUCAUGGGAAGUAACAGCUAGUAAACAAAGCAACAGUUUGACGUUGACAUUUAGAGAAGGGAAAAAUACUUUCAGUGCAAAAUUAAGGAGAUCGUGUUAAAAGCUGUUGCUUUACUAGCUGUUACAUCUCACGACGUAUAUAUCAUACGGGGGAAGGGGGUGUCACGUGAUGAUGACAACCUUAGACGACGGCAGCGUAGGAGGCUACCUACGGUCGCAAAGGACCAAGCCCCACCGAUCUGAAUAGUGUUGAAGGUUAAGAUAAACUAUUUUAAUAUUUUUCAUCAACGCUAGAAAACUUCUAGCAGAGCUGUCAAGAGAUUAGCCGUGAAGCUACAUUAAAAUAUAACAUAAUUUUCUUUAUGAAAAAAAAAAAAAAAAAAAAAAA